UUUGCAAACACUACCAGAUCUUUCCACCAACUGGAGAGCCUUAUUUCACAUUCGUAUCAUUCUCAACCAUCAUUUACGCAUAUGUCUAGAAAACCAAGCAAGUUCGACAACUCAUCAUUCCACAAGGAAGGUAAGAUUGUUUCCAUGACCACAGGCGAUGUGGAAUCUCGCCCGAAACCGAAGCCCAAGGACUCCGAGUUCAUCCAGGAACUUGUGGAAACUGGAAAGGCCAACUGGAAGAAGGCCCCGGCAGCCGUCAAAACGAGAUACAGAGGAAUCUACUUGAUUCUCUUCUCUAUUCCGUUCAUUGUCAUACCGUCCAUCGAAAUGUACAGAAGACUCGAAGGUAAGUCUACCAAGAAGAUUCAGCAAGGAGAGUUAUUGGAGGGACAAACCGUCCGUAAAUAUGACGAAUCAGAAAAGUGGAAGGUAGAAAAGGAGAGCUGGAUGUACAAAUUGUUCGGAAGGGACUUUUUCUUGGAUGGUUUCACCAGUAAAACCAUGACCAAGGAAGAAAAUGCUAAGAAAUAGUCAGUGGGUCUAUUUAUUUACGAAUAAACGAAGUAAUGAGAACUUUGGCCAGGGCCUAUGUAGUUUAUGCAGUUUGAGGAGCCAUACGA